AUGGACUGGACCAAGGGUAUUAUGCCCCUGCACCCGGUGCACAAACCCCCUUACACCAUCGAGUCGCCUGGCUACCAACGUGUCGACGGCGAAACCCUCCCCCGCCGCCACUGGAAGGCCAAGGACGGCCUCAAAACCAGACCCCAUCCCGACAUUCGCACCGUCUACGACGUCGUCAAGCGCAGCGCCCAGAUUUACCCUAACGAACCCGCCGUGGGCUCCCGGAAGCUCGUGCGCCUUCACAAAGAGAAGAAGAAGGUGCCCAAGAAUGUCGACGGAGAGAUCGUACAGGUUGAGAAGGAGUGGCAGUUCUUCGAGCUGUCCAAUUACUCCUAUAUGACCUACGCCGAGUUCCUUACCUACAUCAACCAGAUUGGCUCAGGCCUGCGCAAGUUGGGUCUGAGCAAAGGCAGCCGGGUCCAUCUGUUUGCGACCACCACUGCCAACUGGAUGGCCAUGUCCCACGCCUGUGGUUCGCAGUCCAUCUCAAUCGUCACUGCUUACGAUACCCUCGGCGCUAGCGGCGUCGAGCACUCGCUGCUCCAGUCCAAUGCUGAGGCCAUGUACAUCGAUCCCCAGCUUCUCAAGACGGCAAGCGGAGCUCUGAAGAAGGCCGACAAUGUCAAAUUUGUCGUGUAUAACGACAACUCCAUCUUUUCCGAUGGCACCGAGGUCGACGCUUUUAGGAAGGCGAACCCCGACAUUAAGCUCCUCAGCAUUGAGGAGGUGCGCGCCUUGGGCGAGGAGAACCCCGUCGACACUGUCGAGCCCAGCCCCGAGGAGUUGUUUUGCAUCAUGUACACCUCUGGCUCCACUGGUCCGCCCAAGGGUGUGCCCAUGACUCAUGAGGGUACCGUGGCAGCGCUCAGUGGCCUCUUUACCUGCGUCGAAGAAUGUGUCAGCUACAGAGACUACAUCUUGGCAUACCUGCCUUUGGCUCACAUCUUCGAGCUCGUUCUCGAGAACCUCGUCCUGUUUGCUGGCGGCACUUUGGGCUAUGGCAACCCGAGAACGCUUUCCGACACAUCGGUCAAGAACUGCGCUGGUGACAUGCGCGAGUUCCGGCCGACCGCCCUGGUUGGCGUGCCGCAAGUCUGGGAGACGGUGAAGAAGGGCAUCAUGGCUAAGGUCAACAGCUCCGGUCCUUUAAUCAAGGCCCUCUUCUGGGGCGCCUUCAACUACAAGACUUUCAUGGUCAAGUAUGGACUCCCAGGCGCAACCAUCUUCGAUAACAUCGUCUUUAAGAAGGUGCGCGACAUGACGGGUGGCCGUCUCCGCUUCAUUAUGAAUGGCGCCAGCGGUAUCUCGGAUGGAACCAAGCACUUCCUCUCCAUGACCAUUGCGCCCAUGUUGACAGGCUACGGUCUGACUGAGACGGCUGCCAACGGUGCCCUUGGUGAUCCUCUGGAGUACACAUCUACCGCCAUUGGUUCUAUCCCUGCUGCCGUCGACCUCAAGCUCGUCUCCAUCCCGGACCUCAACUACUACACCGACGCAAACCCCCCUCAGGGUGAAAUCUGGAUCAAGGGUCUUCCCGUGCUGAAAGAGUACUACAAGAACCCGGAGGAGACGGAAAAGGCCAUAACCAAGGAUGGCUGGUUUAAGACGGGCGACAUUGGCGAGUUUGAUGCCGUCGGUCACGUGCGUGUCAUUGAUCGCGUCAAGAACCUCGUCAAGAUGCAGGGCGGAGAGUACAUUGCCCUGGAGAAGCUGGAAACUGUAUACCGCGGCAGCUCCUAUAUCGCUAACAUUAUGGUCUACGGCGACGGCGAGCACUCUCGUGCCAUUGCCGUCAUUGCCCCCAACGAAAAGGUUCUCGCCGAAGAAGCGAAGAAGCUUGGUGUUGACGAGCACAGCAUGCACACUGAUAAGAGGAUGGUUGAUGCCGUGCACAAGGAUCUCGUGUCAAUCGGUAAGAAGGCCGGUCUGACAGGCCUCGAGAUCGUCGGCGGCGUCGUUCUGACCGAGGAGGAGUGGACCCCGGAUAGUGGCCUCGUCACCGCCACCCAAAAGGUCAACAGGAGAGUCAUUAGGGAAAAGUACAAGGCCCAGAUGGAAAAGGCUUUCAGUGAGUAA